ACCCUAAUGUCACCUCAUUUUUAAAGUAUAGUUUUUAGUCACCCAACUUUUUCUUAAGCAAUGCUAGGGGUACAAUUUUGAGUCAGGAUCGGAGCUCAAUCGGACUAGAUUUCACACCUUCCAGUACGUGUUAAAGCGAGUGUAGCAGCUCAAUCGGAGGGUUUCAUGGCUCCAGUCGCUCCUAGAUCUGGAGACGCCAUUUUCGCCAGCGUAGAACGAGUGAACGCGGAGCUCUUCACUCUGACGUAUGGCGCUAUAGUGCGUCAACUGAUCACUGAUCUGGAGGAAGUCGAUGAAGUAAACAAGCAGCUUGAUCAAAUGGGGUACAACAUUGGAGUUAGGCUAAUUGAUGAGUUUCUUGCAAAGUCAAAUGUAUCUAGAUGCGUGGAUUUCAAGGAAACAGCUGAAGUCAUUGCCAAGGUUGGUUUAAAAAUGUUCUUAGGUAUCACAGCAACCGUGACCAAUUGGGAUGCUGAGGGAACAACAUGUAGUCUAAUUCUAGAGGACAACCCGCUGGUGGACUUUGUUGAGCUUCCCUAUACCUGUCAAGGUCUCAACUACUGCAAUAUCCUAAGCGGAGUUAUCCGGGGUGCUUUAGAGAUGGUGUCGAUGAAAACCAAGGUCACAUGGAUCCGUGAUAUGCUUCUAGGGGACGAUGUGUUCGAGUUACAGCUGAAAUUGAUUAAGCAGGUUCCUGAGGAGUACCCUUACAAGGAUGAUGAGUAACAUGCUUCUUCAUUUAUGCUGAAUAUCAUGUAAAUGCAAUUUGUCAUGUUUUGUGGGUUGUCCUCAUUAAUAAAGUACUUUGGCAUUUGACUUUAGUUUCCACCUUAGCCUAAUCUGUUUUUUUCCAGCAUCUCAAAUAUUUUGUGUUAAAUACUAGUGUUGUUUCUUGUUUCAAGGUUUUCUUGCCUUCGUUAAUGUGCGCACGUUACCGAUUUAUGGGCCACGGUUCUUCGGCAUUCCUCGGAAAUGCUCUCUCCAAACCAUAGUAUUCAUAGUCUAUGUCAUUAGUAUGUUUCAGACUAUCUUGUAAAUCAACUGCAGGUGUAGGCCCUGUUUGGCAAAUUGUUACUGUACAUGUUUCAGUUGUUUUAAUACAGUAAAUGUUUGUCUUGUUU